AUGUCCCCUCCUCCAGGUAUGAGCCCUGCCGCAACACCUCUUCCUGGUCGUCCUACCUCGGUUGCCGCUCCUUUCGCUCCGCCGCAAAACUUGCCAGACAUCAACUUCAACGCUCCCGUCAUUCGUCUCGGUGUUAGCCAGCCCGCCUCAAAACCUUCCAACUAUGGCUACGACUCGCGCGCUCCCGACAAUGCUUCUGGCAAUCGUAACCGCGUUGGCCUCGGCGCAGACCAAAGAAUGCCGCGCGAAACUGUCCAGCUCGUUCCUCCCACUCUGGAAGAAGUUAGCAGAACUAUUUUUAUUGGAGGUCUGGUUGACGGUGUUCCCGAUGAUGCACAGCUCGAGGAUAUCCUAGGCGCUGGUGGUCAAGGCCCCGUCAAGCUCCGUCGCUGGACUCGUGUCACCGAUGCUGACGGGAAACCCUGCCGCUUUGGUUUCGCCGAAUACGAAGACGCCGGUGCUUUGCAGCUUGCCACUGAGAUUCUUAAGGAUGUAGAAGUGCCUUUGCGGGAGAAGGGCAAGCUUCUGAAGGAUGAAGAAGGAAAUGUCAAGAAAGCCACACUCUUGGUAGUUGUCGAUCAGAACUCCCUCGAGUACAUCGAGAAAUGGUCAAAGCCGUCCGCCGAGGAGCUUCAAUUCCGCCUAGACACCGCAAAGGACGACCUGAAUCGCGUCUUGGCCCAUUUGUCUUCUCAGGAUACUUUGACCAACGGCGCAGACAAGAACGGAGAUGUUACUAUGGAAGAUGGCCACAAGCCCGAUGGCGCAGAGGUUAUCACCAUCCCUGUGUCUGCCGAAGACGAGCUGUCUGACAUUCCUGCUGAAAUGCGCGAGACUGUCGCUGCCGAGAUCGCCGCUUUCAGAGACCGCAGCAUUCAGCGCGAUCUCGAGCGUCUACGCAAAGAGGAAGAGUUGGAGGCCGCCGAACGCAAUCGAUCCGCACCAAGACCCAGCCGUUUGGCUUCCCCGCCCCCUUCUGCUCCAUCUGGUCCUGGAGGCGUCAAUGGAGUACCUGUUGGUCCACGUGAUCGCACUGUUGCCGGAGCCCCAUCAGGUCCGAAGGGCUACAGGGGUGCACAGAUGCCUAAGGACUACGUUGAUGGCGUCAACUUUGUCAACGGGCAGCACGAAGAUGAUGAUGAUCCGGCUUCUGACUCGGAGCUCGAACGUCGUCGCGAAGAGAAAAAGAAUGCAGAGUUGGAGAAGGUGUAUCUGGAUCAAGAAAGACGUUGGCUCAAUGUUGAGAGGAGACACAUUCAAGCACUCGCACGUGCCGAUGCGGAAGAAGAAGCCGAGCAAAGCGCACGCCAACAACGUCGUGAGACUCUGGCGCAAAAGUAUCGUGAAUUCGACGACGAAGAGGAAUUGCGAAGACCAACCGAGCUGUUCUAUCGGGACCGCAAGGCCUGGAUCCGCGCACGUAGAGACUUCAAGCAUGCCGAGCGUUCGAGAGACGAAAAGGAUCGUGAGGACGAGAGAAAAGAACGAGCACGCGAGCAACGCAAGAUGGAUGGUGCUCGCGGUAUGGCCGACGACUUCCUGGCCGAGGCUGGACAAGAGCUGUCAGCUCGCAAUGCCACUAAACCACAACCGAGAGCAUUCACUCUGAACCUUGGCAGUCUUGGUGGCAAUGGCGCAACUCGCGAGGAAUCAGAGGAGCCAGAGGAGCAACAAAAGAGAGGUGUGGCAAAGCAGCAGACCAUGGCCGAGAUGGAAGGUCUGCUCGACGACGAAGACGACACUACCCAAGGCAGUGGAGAUCGCAAGAAGGCACUGCUGCGUGCAGUCGACUUCAAACCUCUUGCUGCUGGAGAGAAAAUGAACGACGACGAACGUCAAGCCGCCACUCGCGCACUCGCCGCCUCGAUCCCUACAUCCCUUACCGACCUAUUCAGCUGGCCCGUUAAAUGGGCACACCUGCCCGACUCGGUCAUCCGCGAACAAUUGCGUCCGUACGUCCAAAAGAAGAUUUUCGAAUCUUUGGGCGUGCAGGAAGAUAUGCUUGUCGAGGUUAUUGAGGGCGUUGUGCGCAGACACGGUCGUCCUGAGGAGAUUGUGGAGGAGUUGAGCGAUACGCUUGACGAAGAAGCCGAGGGACUCGCAAGAAAGGUUUGGCGUAUGGUCGUCUUCUUUUCAGAGUCCGAGGCUAGGGGUUUGGUUGUCAGAGAGUAA